AUGCACAUGGCCUCCACAAGCUGGAAAGGCAAGGAAACAGCAUCUCCCCCCAGGGUCCCCAAAACGAAAGCAGAGGUCAGCCCACACUUGGAUUUUAGUCCACUGACUGUGAGUCUCCAGAACAGUAAGCCGGCAUCCCUGUGUCCAACGACUCCAUGCUGUGUCCCUCCAUCACCACCAUGCCCAAAAAAGGCUGAAAGUGAUGCUACAGGUGAUAAAGCCAGGGUGAAGGAUGAGCCACAGAGAAGUUCUGCAAGUUUAUCUGCUAAAACCCACUCUCCAGAGCCAGAGCCCAAGCCUAAGAAGGCCCCUACAAAGAAGGGAGAGAAGGUACCAAAAGGGAAAAGGGGAUGCUGCAAGGGUGGGAAUAACCCUGCAGAAAACAGAGAUGCCCAAACAGACCAGGCACCGAAAGCUGAAGGUGCUGGAGAUGCCAACUGA